AAAUUGAAAUUUUUUUUUAUAGGAAAUUUUUGUCCCAUCUUUCCAUAGAGAAAUUCUAGUGCUGUUCAUUCGUCUUUACGCGGGCGAACGUUCUCGCGCUUUUAUUUUCAGAAGACCAAAUUCUACUUGAGGAAAAGCUACCGCAUCAGAGAGAGAAAAAGGGGCGGUCGACUGUCGUCAUUCCGCAUGCAACUGCAUCGCAAAAUUUCAAGUGACAAUUUUGCGGAUAAAGAAGAGAGUGUAAAAAAAUUUUUCCCGGUGUGUAACGAAGAAAAUAAAGAAGAUAACGAAGGAAACAAAGGAAGAUUCAAGGUAUUCUAAUAACUGUUGCUGAGAGAAAGAAAAAGAAAGAGAGGGGCAUUGCAAUUUGCUGCAAAUAUUGUCAGUGAUCUAUGGAUGUAUAUAGACAUUAGAAAAGAAAAAUAAUAAUAAUAAUGAAGAAAGAUAGCAAUGUUUGCGAUUAGCCUACUGACAAAUGCGCCACCAUCUGUAUACAAGUUCUUUGCACAAUCAUUGAAAGAACACGUGCUGUACAAGAUCGGCUAUUCGGUGAAGGACCUUGUUACUAUCAUACAGUCACUUUAUUUCUACCAUCAGAAUCAGACGUAGAGUUAGGCAUUUAUCGAUGCCUUUCCCGCUUCAAUCAACAUUUUCCACAAAAAACAUGAAGUUUUACAACAAGAAUUAUUCUUCAUAAUUCAUUCUACAGCGACAACUAUAAGACUUUUUUUUAGAAAAAAAAAAAAUUUAUUAAUUUAUUUAUUAACGGCCAUGGCUCAUUCAAUUCCGGGAGACAAGAUAAAAAAAAGAGAAAAUGGAAAUAUUGACAAAAUUGACGAGGAUACGGAAGAUGAUAAUUUUAUGCAAGAAAUCACCGAAGAUGAUUCUCAACCCCCACCUCCAGACGGGGGGUGGGGGUGGUUCGUAGUUUUUGGAUCAUUCAUGAUACACAUAGUCACCGACGGUGUGACGUAUUCAUUUGGUGUAUUAUUCGAAAAACUUAUAGAACAUUUUAAUGAAGGAACAGGACCAACUGCUUGGAUAGUUUCUAUUUUAGUUGGAGUUACAUUAUGUUCCGGUCCAAUUGCAAGCGUUUUUGUUGAUAAAUAUGGCUGUCGACCAGUAACGAUCGCAGGUUCUAUAUUGGCUAGCUUAUGUUUCUUAGUGAGCAUGUGGGCUCAAAAUAUUAUAACAUUAUGUUUAUCAAUAGGCCUUGGCACUGGCUUUGGUUUUGGUUUAAUUUACCUGCCAGCGAUAGUAAGUGUCACGUGUUAUUUUGAAAAAUAUCGAUCACUUGCAACGGGAAUUGCAGUGUGCGGCUCAGGUUUGGGAACAUUAGUUUUUACACCAUUGUUACAAUAUUUCGUAACUGAAUAUGGUUGGCGAGGAACAAUGUUGAUUAUCUCGAGUAUUGUUUUGAAUUGUAUAAUAUUUGGAAUUUUAUUCAGGCCAUUAAAGCCUGUAAAGAAGAAAGAAUCUAUAGCCAUGACAGAAGUGCCAAAAGAAAUUGAAAAAGAAAUGAAAUUAAUUCCAGCAACAAAUGGAUUUCAUCGACCACACAGUGUCAGUAAUGUAAAUUCAAAAUAUUUUGGUGACAAUAAUUAUACUGCACAUAAUAUUAGAAUAGCUCUAAGUCAACCAAUUUUAAUAACAACAAAAAAUCGUGAACACACAACAAAAUCAUUUGGUAGUGGAUUUAUGAAUCGUCGUGAUAUUUUUUAUCAAGGAAGUGUGGAUAAUUUACGCAAACGACCAGAAUCACUAUUGAAUAGUGUAGAAAAUCUCAAAUUUCAUGAAUCAAUAAAAAGUUUACCAAAUGGAACGAAACACAAGUCUGAAGAGAUUUUAGCAAAGAAGAAAAAAACGAAUAUAUUUUUGAAAAUGUUGGAUUUCUCAUUAUUAAAAGAGUCAUUAUAUAUUGUUUUUACAUUAUCGAAUUUUUUUACUAGCAUCGGAUUUUAUAUACCAUUUUAUUUCGUAUCGAUUCUAGCUCAGGAAAAGAAGAUAGAUAAAGAAGAUGGACAGUAUUUGAUUGAACUUAUUGGAAUAGCAAAUUCUUGCGGUCGUAUUAUUCUUGGAUAUUUAUCGGAUAAACCCUGGAUUAAUAGGCUACUUGUCUACAAUUUUUGUUUAACAGCUUGUGGCAUUGCAACAGUAUUUGCAACAUUCUGUGAUGGUUUUGUAAAACUUGCAAUUUAUGCAAUAGUAUUUGGUAUCACAGCUGGCGCUUAUGUGGGACUUACAUCUGUGAUUUUAGUUGAUCUUUUUGGUCUCGAUCGUUUAACAAAUGCAUUUGGUUUACUUUUGCUUUUCCAAGGAAUCGCAUCAUUUUUGGGACCACCUCUUGGAGGUUGGUUAAAAGACUUGACUGGAUCAACAUAUCCAGCAUUUUAUCUAGCAGGAAUAAUGAUAGCACUAAGUGGCCUUAUGUUAUUUGCUAUUCCUCCUUUGCAAAGGAGGUUGCAAUCACGAGAAGUACAGACUAAAGAAACACAUUAUAAUUUAAUUUAAUUUAAUUCAAUUUUAAUAAACGUAUUUUAUUAAAA